AUGGCGACGGCGGUAGAUCAGGCGCCUGCUGAUGGCGGCUUCGGCGCUGGCGCAGAGCACUCCGAGACACACGGCGCAUCCGUCGAGGUGUUUGAGACACCGCGGACCUCAUUCGAUCACGACCGACCCCUCGAUGACAACGAUGCCGCAGCCUCAACUGUCUCGCCAAGCUCCAUUACCUCGCCGCCGUACUGGCUCAAUGUGCAUGGCCACCAGCGUUCCGCCUCCAACAUGUCGGCCGAGUCAGUCCUGCCCGCGGGCGCCAUCAGCCUCCGCGACAACGAGGCGAACGAGCACGACGACCGCAACAAUGCCUGCUGGGCCAAGAGCGUCGAGAUUGUCAGCUACACCGUCGUUAACGGGAGCACCACAAACAUUGGCGCCUUUGUCGUGUGGAACAUCCGUGUCGAGACGCUGAAUGGGAGCUACAUGAACAUUCGAAAGCGAUAUUCCGAGUUUGACGACUUUCGGUACCGACUGGUCCAGACCUUUCCCGGUUUCGAGGCGGCAGUUCCGGCUCUUCCGCCCAAGAGCGUCAUCUCCAAAUUCCGGCCCCGAUUUCUCGAGAAGAGGCGGGCGGGUCUUCAAUACUUUCUCAACUGUAUACUGUUGAACCCAGAGUUCUCUGGCUCGCCAGUGCUCAAGGAGUUCCUCUUUGCAUAG